AUGUUUUUCUCAAGUUGGAAGCUCUUCUCGGUCACCGUUCUCCUUGCUGGACGUGCCGAUGGCCAGUAUAGCGCAAGUGAUGUACAAUCCCAUAGUUCUAGCGGUGACUGCUGGACGGUUGUUGAUAGCAAAGUUUACGACGUGACUUCCUAUGCUGGAUCCCAUCCAGGAGGGAGCGGAGUUGUUCACGGAAUGUGUGGGAAGGAUGGUUGA